AUGACCAGAAUAGCCCGUCUUGUUUCAGCUGAAACUCAAACAUCUCGCACCUUACAGAUGGCGUCUCUUUGCUGCUCAAGUUUGGCAGCUGCAACCAUCAUCAAAGAUGAAAAGAAAGUUGAAAGUAAAAGCGAGAAGACAAAGCCUCAGAUACAGUAUGGAGUAGAAGAUGUGCCAGCUCCGCAUCUAUGUUUGCUGUUUGGCCUUCAGCAACUAUUCCUGAGCAUCAGCUCAACCAUCACUGUCCCUCUGGUGGUCAGUGUCAACAUCUGUAUCGGCGACCUGUACGUGGAGAAAGCCAAGCUCAUGUCCACCUUUCUGUUCAUGUGUGGAGUCUGUACCAUCCUGCAGUGUCUGAUUGGAGUCAGGCUGCCCAUACUCCAAGGAGGUUGCCACAAGUUCCUGCCUGCCAUUGCUGCUCUGAUGUCCCUGGAGACGUGGAAGUGUCCGGAUAUGAGUCCAUAUACAGCUGCAAACUCAACUCUUGACCCUGGGGAAGUCUGGAAGCCAAGAAUUAGAGAGAUUCAAGGAGGUAUCAUGGUGGCAUCCUUAUUUCAAAUUCUCGUUGGUUCCACUGGCCUUCUGGGAGUUCUGCUGCAGUACAUUGGACCAAUCACCGUUGUCCCUACAGUCAGUCUGGUUGGGUUCUCACUCAUAGAGGUCGCUCAGAAGUUCUGCCAGGCUCAUUGGGGUAUCAGCGCCUUCACAGUCGGCCUUCUGUUCCUGUUCUCCCUCUACCUAACCAACGUCAACGUGCCGUUUCCCGCCUACUCCAGACAAGAUGGCUGCCAUAUUAUUCGCUACCCGCUUUUUAAACUAAUGCCGGUCAUCCUCGCUGUGGUGAUAGCCUGGGGACUGUGUGCCCUUCUGACUGUCUUCGACGUGGCUCCCGCCUCGCUGAGAACCGAUGCCAAGUCUGUGGUUUUGGAAUCUGCCGACUGGUUUUUCUUUCCCUAUCCUGGUCAGUGGGGUGUGCCUACAGUCAGUGUCGCUGGAGUGAUCGCCAUGUUGGCCGUCACCAUUUCCUCGGUCAUCGAGUCAGUUGGAGUAUUCUACGCCUGUGCUAGAACCUGUGAGGUCCCUCCUCCCCCAGCCCAUGCAGUGAACCGAGGGAUCGCGGUUGAAGGGAUCGGAAGCUUGUUUUCGGGAGCUGUUGGAUCUGGAGGAGCGACGACCUCCUACAGUCAGAAUGUUGGGGCAAUCGGGUUCACCAGGGUAGCCAGCAGAUCAGCAUUCUACGUGGCGGGAGCCGUUUUUCUCCUGGGAGGUAUCGUCGGGAAAGUUGGCGCUUUUUUGACCACCGUACCUGACCCAGUACUGGGAGGGAUUGUACUGGUCAGUUUUGGGAUGGUCACUUCUGUGGGGCUUGCUGCCCUGAGCUUCAUUGAUAUGUCCUCAGCCAGAAAUAUGACCAUCAUAGGGACGUCGCUGUUGGUGGGGUUGAUGAUUCCACGGUUCAUUGAGCAGCAUCCGACUGCUAUCAAUACUGGUAUCCCAGACUUGGAUCGUGUGAUCGCUGUAGUUCUUGGCACCUCCAUGUUUGUUGGCGGGGUCAUGGCAUUUCUUCUGGAUAAUACUGUACCGGGCACCAUUGAGGAACGUGGCAUAGAAAAAUGGCGGUGCGAAACAGAGUUUGAGACAGAAAUCAACGAAGAAGAUGUAGACACGGGAAAUCAGUCUCAACAAGAUGAUGACAAGAAGCAAGAAAGCGAGGCUGAAAAUGCUACAAAAAUACCAAACGGCAGUAAUAACGAAACAAAACCCACACACAUUGACAUUCCGACAGACGAAGCCAUUCUGGCACAAGGCAGUAGAAAAAGAAAUGGUGAUAUACAAAAGAUGACCCCUAGUCAGGAAACAAAACAAAACAAAAGAUCCAUUUAUGAUAUUCCGUUGAUUACACCAUAUUUGGAGAAACUACCUUUCACACGCUACAUGCCAUUCCUGCCAAAUUUCGCUUUCAGUCAAUUCAGUUUCAGCUGCAAGAAGUGCAAAGGUUGCAGACGUAACAAAUGGAAGCCGUCACCAAUAGUUUUAACAUCAUCUGCUGGCGUGGGCGAUCAGUUUUCUUCUUAA